GUUGAUCAUAUUCUCAACAAGUCAGAGAGCACGGAACCGGUGCAAAAUCGCGAAGAAGCCGCUUCAGAACACCACCAACCAGCUCUGGGCGACCCAAAAUCAGACAUUCCAGCAACUGACGGAGGCCGCGAAUUCAAGUGUGCCGAAAUCAGUAAUUUUCUAGAGCAGCAUCAACAACACCAGACGUCGUGCCUCAACUUAGCUUCACUACUGGCUCUCCAGGACAUUGACUACUUUCGACUUACCGGCUCAGACUCAAAUUUCUACUCGGCGUCAUCACUACACAAGCAUCGAAAACACCAAAGCCAGUUGAUGCGGAGCGGCAACAAUGAGGAUGUACACGGUGUACCUGGGAAUAGCACAAACGGAGGUGGCGGAAAGCACAGAAGAGCCAGAACUGCCUUCACGUACGGACAGCUGGUUGCUCUGGAGAGCAAAUUCAAGACCACUCGCUACCUUUCUGUCUGUGAGAGGAUGAAUAUGGCCCUGUCUCUCAACCUCACGGAAACGCAGGUGAAAAUCUGGUUCCAAAAUCGAAGAACCAAGUGGAAAAAAGAAAACCCCACAGAACAUCACCACCAACCCUCUGUGAAUUCCAGGAAACACCUCACAACGCCCGAACAAUCGAUAUUGUCCAGUGGACUUGGGAGGAACCAAUCAGAUGCUGACGAAAUUAGCCCGGUAAAUUCAAGCAUCCUCGAGUCUCCACCAGCAAGAGACCACAGAGAGGACAGCGCAAAUGCAGUUCUUUUGGCCUAUGUGCUCAACCAACUGCGUAAUUCCCUCCACGCAGACAAAGGCGCCACUCCAAGUGACAUUCUUCAAGCCCUAUCUAACGAAAAUCGAUCCGUCAAGGGCGAGGGAGAUCGAGUGGGACUACAGACUGGAGGUUGA